AUGGUCGGGUCGGCACCUCACUUCCUGAUGUCUCUCAGGCUCAUCUGCUUCGACUCGCAUUAUGUCCAGAAGAGAAAUAAAAUCCGAUCCGUCUCUUUCCAGAUCACCACUGCUGUAAAAUUUCUGCAGAACCCCAAAGUACGUCAGAGCCCCCUGGCCACCAGAAAAGCUUUCUUGAAGAAAAAAGGACUGACUGAUGAAGAAGUUGAGUUGGCCAUCCAACGCUCUGGAGCCACAGAGGAAGUCCUGCCUCUGACCCCUGCAGGGCUCCCGUAUCCACCUUAUGCACAUCAGCUAGCUCCUGCUCCACCCACACCGGCAGGCUACAGAUGGAGAGACUACGGGGCUCUCACCAUCAUCAUGGUGGGCAUCGCAUUUGGCUUUCAUCAGCUGUACAAGAAAUACAUCCUUCCCCUCAUUAUUGGGAGCCGAGAGGACAAGAAGCAUCUGCAGAGGAUGGAGAGCAACAUUGCGGCAAUGAGUGGCACACUGACACAGACAGUGAGCCAGCUGCAGCAAACCCUGGUCUCUGUCCAGGAGCUCCUGAUCCAGCAGCAAAAGAGAAUCCAGGAUCUCUCACAGGAACUGGCUGCAGCAGAGGCAUCAUCCUCAACCGGUCGCAUGCUGGACAGCCAAACAUUUGGGGAGUUGAAGGCUGAGAUUGCCUCUUUGAAGGGCUUACUGCUCAGCAGGAGACAGUUCCCUUCUACUCCCGCUAUUCCCAAGAUCCCCUCGUGGCAGAUUCCCCUGAAGCCGCCCUCGGCCCCCGGCUCGCCGUCCAUUAACCACAGCAGCAGCGACAUCUCUCCGGUCAGCAACGAGUCCGCCAACUCCUCCCCGGUCAAGGACGGACUCCACAGCCCCCAGGAUGCACUGGGGGGGCCGGACGGAGCCAUCGGUAUGAACGGAGACGCCUGCGCCGUGGGCCUGGGCGCCGCGCUCCCCCUGGACCAGGUCCGGAUGGAGGUGCAGGGGGAGGAGGAGAAGAAGGAGGAUGUCGGUCGCGUUGAGGAGGAGGAGGAGGAGGAGGAGGAGGAAGAGGAGGAGGAUCUAAGCAUGCAGACGGAGGACCGGCGAGGCGGAGAUGGACAGAUUAACGAACAGGUGGACAAACUGAGGAGACCCGAGGGUGCCAGCAACGAGAGCGAGGUUGAUUAGACGGCUGUAGAAAAACACAACACUCUGCAAAACACCACCUCUCUGCUGGGCUGGCGCCGCGGCCCCCUCUGCUCAUAGGCCGCCUUCAUUUUCUCUCUGCUCUUCUGUUUUUUUCCUUUGAAAUCUGUCCUCUUUGUUUCCGCUCGUUUCUGUUCCGUUCUAAUCUUGAGCAAAGUGAGACGUAGGUGUGGGUGAAAGAACAACAAAAAACAAACCUCAACUGACACGAUCAGUGUCCGGUGACGUAGGGCUCAUCGUGAUUUAUUUUUAAUCCUGCAAACGCAACAUCUGUACUCCAUCCCAACGCCACCUGGUGAGGUCUGUUUGGAUGGACAAAUGGCGAGUAAGAGUCAAAUGAGAAUGACUCCAGACACCCGUUUGCAGUGCGAACCGCGUGUGAGUUACUGCUUUUAAUUGUCGUGAUUCAAUCAGAUAAUUCACCCUCUUGCCUCGGUGAGCUUGUAAUUGUACCAAGGCUCAUAUGCAGACCAAAGAGCUGGUGCUGGGCGGGUUAUCUCCGCUGCGUAGCGCGGCUGUUGGGUCAGGAAUCCUAGGUUACUCCAGUCUGAAAGUUACCACGAGCUUCCAGUGAAGCAUUAGCAGAGUUUGUCUCCCGGUUGACGGCGAUAGGAGAGGACAACUCUUCCAGGGCCGGAGCUUUUAGCCUCUUUUAUGUGUCCUUUCGCAUUGGUGUCAGUCUGUCAAUAAUUCACAAGGCCAGCAGGGUGGCAUUUGGGUGAAAUAAAAGCCCUGAAAUCCGAGAUUAGAAUGUGAUGACGGGCUUUGUUCCAUGCCGGUGUCAGAGUGCUCAUACGCUCAGAGGAGGGGAAGAUGAAUGUUUUUUUUCCCCGCUUUCCUUUCUCACUGAGGGCUGAAUUGUGCAUCUUUGCGAGUGCGUUUGUGCGCGGCGGCGGGUGAGGAAAAACCCAGACAGUCUGCAGAGCUGUAUCUGCGUCUCCAGCAGGGCAGCUGAUUUGGUUUGUGAAGUAUGUUAAUAAUCAAAUGAUCAACAAAUAACAGAUGUAUUAGUUCAUGCAGCUUGAAAUGUCAAGGAGGCUAAAAGCGGAAAUCUAAUACAGAAAGCCCAGUUGCAUUGUAUUAUUUUCUGUGACAAACCCUCCGGUCCAAAUUAUGUAGGGCGUCCUACAGUGAAUAAUCUUUACAGAAAACGGCGCCAAUAUUUUGUAAUUAAGCUGCAGGAAGACACGAGUGGUGCCACAGAUGGAAGUUGCAGAACUUGUAUUACUUUCUUUUUUGUCAGUGUGGAGGUGGAUGGGGGAAGUAGAGAAAAAAAAUUGCCCCGUGAUUGAAAAGGAAAGUAAUGAAUGAAUACUUGACUUACUGAAUUACUCACUGUGUCUCUAGCUAACGAGAAGAGUCCAUGAGUGAGAAGAAGGGAUCUCUGCCCUUGUGCCAUUUCCACCUCUAUCUCAUGGCCUUCGUAGGAGCACAGAGAAGGCAGAGGAGCAGCACACAUAUCGGAGACAGCUUUUGAGCUACCAGAUAUUUUUUGUAAUGUUUGUUGAGAUUGAGUUCUGAAUGAGACAUCCUUUCAGUGUGCAGUAAAGUCUUUUUUUUAUGCCUCUGAUUUUUUUUUGUGGAUGAAUAACAAUAAAGCUCACAAUCAGUAUGCUUUAUAACCACUGUAGUUUGACUGGUUGGUCCUCUGUAACUUGCUGAACAGUAUCUGAAUUUCAGCCAUAACUGUAAUAAAUCUGUUUUAUCUCAAGUG